AUGACAAGGCAAGCAUGGCAUUCCGAUCUCCUCAAUCUGGCAUUGGUGAACAGAACGUUUUAUGAAAUUUGCAGCCAGUUAAACUGGGAACAUCUCGACCUCUACUACGCAAAUUUACCACGACUUUCGACGCUCAACCAUGAAAUCAUCCAUCGGCAUUCGUGGCGGGUGAAGCACAUCAUAGUCGAGCUCGAUGAUCAUCCUCCGCACUUUUUCGGAAAAGUGGAGCCCAAACCAAGCGGAAUAAGAGCCCGCGAAUUGUUCCAGGAACGCCGAUCCUCUCAGGUCUAUGAUAUUCUCCAAUCUUGCACGAAUUUGACCAGACUUACGCUGGAUAUUGAACCUCGUUCGAUAUCAAUAGACGAGCUUGGAGACUUUGCCUUUAACCAGGAGUUUCCAUCAUCGCAGUUGUUGAAGCCAAUUUCUCAGCUUUGUAAUCUGACCUGCUUAAACCUGAGACCUCCGAUGAUUGAUACCCGGUUCGAAGAAGAUUUCGUGGUCAGAUUGAUAAAAGGGAUGGUAAAUCUAGUUCAUUUUGACUGCAACGGCAUCGAUGCCACCUUUCGGGAGUGCAAGCCUCGUGAAUGGUCGAACUCGAGUCAAGUUAAUGUGUCACCACUGGCCCUUCAUCUAUCUUCUCUGUCUUCACUCAAGACCAUCACUUUCACUUUCGUACAUUGCUUUGAUUCGAGUUGGAGUCGAAUCAAGUGGAAAGCGGCGUUAGGUCACAUCACGAUCGAUAAUUGCAACAGAGCAACCGUUGGGACGCUUCAUUCUUUCUGCAUGCUAUUCACAGAUAGCCUAGAGAGCCUCUGUGUUUCCGGUCUACCCACCACCAGUACCGAAGAAGAAGAAGGAACCGCAAUCACUCUACCGCCUCCUGAUCUUCAGUAUAAUUUCUGCUUGCCCAGGUUGGAAUGUCUAGCAGCGGAUAGCUGCAUUCCUUUCGAAUUUCUGACAUUAUUUCGAGAGGCGCCCUCAAUAAAAUCACUCUUCUUGGGAAUCAACCCGCACAUUUCCUUACAAGAACUUAAAGGAUUGAUGGAUCAUCACGAGCCGAUUUGGCCUAAUCUGAAAUAUUUGACGGUCGAAAUGAACGAUAGGAUAUUAAGUAACGAUCAAAUCGAAGAAUUGAAAGGCUAUGGUUCAAAAAGCGGGGUUCAAGUGAGCUGCGAAGACCUAACAGAAGAUCUUGAUGGAAGCGAAGAAGAGUUCGAAACGGAAAUGGAAGAACGAGGUCCACCUGAAAUUAGGGAAGCGGUAGGAAGCUAUACUUGGUAA